AUGCCUAUUACUUCCCUCAAGUUUGGGUCCAUUGAUCCAAUUUUGGGAAAAGAGACUGAUGAUGACAAUGGACAGUUUGUUUCGAGCGUCUGCUGGAGACGGAAAUCAGACAUGGUUGUUGCUGCCAAUUCCAGUGGCUUGCAAGUCCAGUCAGCUUUGUCUGAAGCCGCAUGUGUCAGCCUUGGAUCUUUUUGGCCCUGCACAUUGGGAAUGAACAGACGUCGAGGUAGUUUGAAACAGAUUCCAGAUAACUGCACUCAAAUUCACAAGAAGAUCAACAUUAAUAUACUUAAGCAGAUUUUAGAGGAAGCAGAAUUUGCAGAUAAGCAUUGUCAGCCAGUUAUUUUCUUGAAACUUGAGAUUGUGCAGGAGUGGACAGCAUUGUUGUCUCUGGAAUCUCGGAAUAAUCUGAUUUCUGAUUGGCUGCUGUUGAAUUUUUCCCCUAUCGAGUCUCUGAACAAGAUCAUCCAUGCCCAUCCCCACAAAUUGAAGGAAUUUGUGACACCUGAGCAAAAUCAAGGCUACCCCCUCCAGUGA